AGUGCUUGUUUGUGUGUGACUACGUCUGUGUUGACGGUGGUGAAUAGUGCAGGGGAGUGGAGAGACGCUGGGAGAGGACUCAAACACUCACUCACACACACUCACUCACUCACUCACACACAUUCACACACGCAUACACACACUCAACACACACUGGGAGGAAAAAGACGCACCGAAAGACGCACGAAGAUUUGUUUGGCUUUGCUGUCCUGGGGGAUCCCUUCUGUGCGGGCUUUCCUUUUUAUAUAUUUGUGCACAAAUUCACACCCCAGGCUCUGUGUUGGUAAACAGUGAAGAAGAAGAAGAAGGAGAAAGAGCAGAAGAAGAAGAAGAACUGGACCAGGGCGGACCAAAAGGGGCCAGACACUCACCAGGUAUGGCGGCCGUGUUGCCGAGGACCCUGGGCGAGCUGCAGCUGUACCGCAUCCUGCAGCGGGCCAACCUGCUCUACUACUACGAGGCCUUCAUCCAGCAGGGAGGCGACGACGUGCAGCAGCUGUGCGAGGCGGCGGAGGAGGAGUUCCUGGAGAUCAUGGCGCUAGUGGGCAUGGCCAGCAAGCCGCUGCACGUGCGCCGCCUGCAGAAGGCGCUGCGGGACUGGGUCACCAACCCGGCCAUCUUCAACCAGCCGCUCAGCUCGCUGCCCGUCUGCAGCAUCCCCGUCUACAAGCUGCCCGAGGGCUCGCCCACUCUGCAGGACCGCGCCGCCAGCGUCAAGAUGCCCAAAGCGGUCGCCGCCGCCUGCUCCGACCCCGGGAAGCUGGACGUGGCGCGGGACAAAGUGUCCGCCGGGUCCCCCCUGCAGGGCGGCAGCGAGGCCCGCUUCUGGUCGGGCCACAGCAACGACAGCGAGCACAGCCUGUCGCCCUCUGACCUCGGGUCGCCGUCCUCCCCCAGGGACGCCUUGGAGGCUCUGGACGCCGCCGCCGUGCAGUCCGUCCUGGAGUGUGUGGACAGGAUGGCCCCAGGACUCCCCAAGGCAGACUUAGCCGAGGUGAAGGAGCAGCUGAAGAACAACAAGAAGAUGGCUAAGAUGAUUGGACACAUCUUCGAGUUGAGCGACGACGAGCCGCGCAGGGAGGAGGAGAUUCGGAAAUACAGCGCCAUCUACGGGCGCUUCGACUCCAAGAGGAGGGACGGGAAACACCUGACGCUGCAUGAGCUGACGGUGAACGAGGCGGCGGCGCAGCUCUGCAUGCGGGACAUGGCUCUGCUCACGCGCCGUGACGAACUCUUCGGACUCGCACGGCAGAUCUCCAGAGAGGUCACCUACAAAUACACAUACCGCACCAGCAAGUCUCGCUGUGGAGACAGAGACGAGCCGUCCCCUAAAAGGAUUAAAACAGAGGAGAACUUCUUUGACAUCCAGGAGGCGCUGCAGGCGAUCCACAUGCGGCAGGAGAUGCUGAGGGAGCAGCUGGCCUGCGCCAAGUCCAAAGGAGAGGAAACCGUCGGACGAAAUCUGCAGAUGCAGCUGGAGCGUCUGCUGGCGCGGCAAAUGGAGAUCCUGCAGGACGCGGCGGUGCAGGAGCGUCUGCAGGCUCUGGACUGGAGGAUCCCCCCCGCCGCCUUAAAGUACCUCAACGGCGCUCACAACACCAACGGAGCCGCCGCCGCCGCCGACGCCAGCAGAGACAACCAAGACGAACGACCAAUCAACCUGCGCGUGGUCAGUCAGAACAUGCAGGAAGGAGACCUCCCAUUGGGCAAGCAGCUAGCCAAUGAGCUGAAGCGCCAUCACAACCACAACCACAGCAACACAGACGACAGCAAAACACCAGCAACAGAAAACGGGACGUCGCAGCGAGCGUGCAGCAACGCGGAGAAGAAAACCAUCAAGUCAGAGCCGGAAGACUCCACAUAGUGCCUCCCGCCUCGCCCCCCCACCACCCCACUCACACCUGACAGUAUGCAGUUAUUACCCAUCAAUAGAUACUAAGCAAGCACAGCCACAGUAGAGCCUUAACAACCAAUGUUGCCUCAUGAAAAGCAUUUAUUUUUCUUUAUUUUGUAAUUUUGUUUUGUUCAAAGAGAGAGUUGUGUCUGUUAUUAUACACGUAAUUUAAGAGUGAUCUGUGUGUAUACCUCGGCCUGGUGUUUUUUUUAUAUAUUUGUUGCUUUCUUACAGGGGCUGAGUCUGACCCCAAAUGUAGAUUCAGAGGUGAGAUUAAAGCAGAAAUGUUGUUCUGUUCAGCGUCUUGGGAAGACUUCAUAUGACUACCAUGUAGCCAAAGUCGUAAAGCCUUCAAACUGACUUGUACCUUCAAAAUUAAGCUGCAGAUGCUGCCAAUAUUCAGUUGUAUUCCUAAAUAUUUCAAGUAUCUGGGGUUUUUUCCUCAGAUGUUUGUUGCUAAUAGUACUGUAGAGAUGCAAGACUGAAAUAUCUUGAUAACAUUUGAUAGACUGGCACAAAUUGUUACUUAAUGUUGAGAUUUGCAAUAGCUAGCAUCCCAAUUAACACUUCAUUUGUAUGACUUUACGAGGCAUUUAUAUUUAUUCUACAGAUGUUACAAGAAAUAUCCAAAGAUUUAGCAGCGUCUGAAAUGAUUUCCCUGAGUCACCCUCCGUCCUCUGAGCCUCUUUCUCCCAAAUCUAACUUAUUCAUUUGUAUUUGUACUGUAGAAGUUUAAAAGUACUGUAUAGGGAGAUUGAGUUCAGAUUCAGCCCCUUUAGCAGGUUUGUCUUUUUGUCGUUCACUUCAAACGGGAGCAGGGGACAGGUGGGAUUUUAAUCCUCCCUCUUCCCCCCACCCCCCCCCCCCCCCCCCCC